AUGGCGGAAACCACGGCGACAGAAGCCGUUCGCGAGGAAGAAGAAAAGAAAGAAGAAGCUGAGGAACAAAGUUUCGAAGAGCUCGGCGUGGACGCUCGUCUCCUUCGCGCCUUACACAAGAAAGAAAUCGAGAAACCCACUCCAAUUCAGCGCGUCGCGAUUCCACUCAUUCUGCAAGGUAAGGACGUGGUUGCACGCGCCAAAACUGGUUCCGGAAAGACCUUAGCUUAUCUUCUCCCAUUGCUUCAGAAACUGUUUACUGCUAGUGCCGAGCGGAGGAAGCUCGCGCCCAAUGCUUUUGUCCUUGUCCCAACUCGCGAACUGUGUCAACAGGUGUAUGCGGAAGUGUUGUCGCUGGUUGAGUUGUGCAGAGUUCAACUGAAAGUUGUGCAGCUGAAUAGUAACAUGCUUGCUAAUGACCUGCGGGCGGCAUUGGCUGGACCUCCUGAUAUUUUGAUCUCCACUCCUGCUUGCGUAGCGAAGUGUUUGUCCGGUGGCAUACUUAAGGCGGCAUCCAUUAACGAAUCGCUUGAAACCCUAGUUCUUGAUGAGGCAGAUCUUCUAUUAUCAUAUGGGUAUGAAAAUGAUAUAAAAGCUUUUACACCUCAUGUACCCAGAAGUUGCCAGUGUCUUCUUAUGUCUGCAACUUCAAGUACGGAUGUUGACAAAUUAAAGAAGUUGGUUCUACACAACCCAUAUAUUUUGACUUUGCCUGAAGUGGGAAAAAAUAAGGAUGAGAUCAUUCCUAAAAAUGUUCAGCAAUUCUGGAUCUCAUGUUCUGCCAGUGACAAGUUACUUUACAUCCUUGCCGUGUUGAAGUUGGGGUUGGUCCAAAAGAAAGUUCUGAUAUUCACUAAUACGAUAGACAUGAGUUUCAGAUUGAAACUAUUCUUGGAAAAGUUUGGCAUCAGAUCUGCUGUUUUAAAUCCUUUGUUGCCUCAGAAUUCUCGUCUCCAUAUUCUGGAGGAAUUCAAUGCGGGCCUGUUUGAUUACCUAAUUGCAACAGAUCUGAGUCAGUCAAAGGAAAAGGAUAAAGUGCCUAAGGAAAGUAAUGUUGUGUUACCGAAGUCUAGAAAACGUGCUAAAGUAAAAUUAGAUUCUGAAUUUGGAGUUGUAAGGGGGAUUGACUUUAAAAAUGUAUUCACGGUUAUUAACUUUGAAAUGCCUCAAAAUGUUGCGGGGUAUGUACAUCGAAUUGGGCGUACAGGAAGAGCAUACAAUUCUGGUGUGUCUGUCUCUCUGGUUUCUCCGGAUGAGAUGGAUACUUUAGAAGAAAUAAGAUCUUUUGUUGGGGAUGAUGAAAACGAAGGCACAAGUUCCAUUACCGAGUUUCCCCACCUCACCAAGCAUGCAGUUGAAUCUUUACGGUAUAGGGCAGAGGAUCUUGCAAAGAGUGUAACAAGUAUUGCCGUCCGCGAGUCACGUGCCCAGGAUUUGAGGAAUGAAAUUUUGAACUCUGAAAAGUUGAAAGCCCACUUUGAUACUAAUCCAAAAGACCUAGAUCUACUGAAGCAUGAUAAAGUUUUGAGCAAGAAUGCACCACCUCCACACCUUCGUGAUGUGCCUGACUACCUAUUAGACAAGCCAACGAAAGAGGCAAGGGAAAUGGUCAAGCUUGCAAGGGAUGCUAUGGGGAAUAAUAAUCGCCGCAAGGGAUCCAAGAGAAAAUUAAGAAAAGAUGGAGAUCCUCUGAAGGCUAUAUCCGCUUUGGCAUCAAAAAGACCUCACAAAGUUAGGAAGACUGCUGGAAGCGAUGGCAACAAUAGUGGUGAUAGACAUAAACGCAAAAAGAAUAAGGGUAUUUGA